CUAAUUAAAGAUGGCAGAUAUGCGACCCGCCCUCCAUUGAAAGCUGGUGUUCUCAUGGUAACGGAAGGCAACAGUUAUGGCUGAAGAGAGAGAGGCUGCUGAGGCACUUGUGACAGAUCUGCAGAAAAAGGUCACUGAAUCAUUUGAAGUGUUUGACCAUGAAAACAACAAAACUGUAGAUGUCCGAGAAAUUGGAACAAUCAUAAGAUCAUUAGGAUGUUGCCCAACAGAAGGAGAACUUCAUGAUAUGCUUGCAGAGGUAGAGGAAGAAGAGCCUACAGGUUUCAUUCGCUUUGAGAAGUUCUUACCAAUGAUGACAAAAGUAUUAUUGGAAAGAAGGUAUCGGCCAAUUGCAGAAGAUGUCCUUCAACGAGCAUUUGAGGUUUUAGAUGAGAAGAAAAAGGGAUUCCUCACUAAAGAAGAGUUAAUUAAAUACAUGACAGAAGAAGGUGAACCUUUUACACAAGAAGAGAUGGAAGAAAUGAUCUCUGCUGCAGUUGACCCAGACAAGAAUAUUGUUCCUUACAAGGACUAUGUGUCAAUGAUGGUAGUAGAUUAUUAAUAACUUAAGGGCAUUUGUUGCCUACAGGGAGAAACCUAUGGCCAUGUUUGGUAAUUUAAAAGUAUUGUAUUAGUAGUAAAGUAUUGAGAUUUCAAGGCUGCAUUAAAGUUUUAUACCAUUUCAUUUUAA